GAGCUGAAACUUCGAGAAAAUAAAUUCACACACAACACUCUCAAUCUGAGAUUAAUUUACACACACUUUGUUGCUGAAUUCUCACCAAAAAUGUCAGCUUUAUCCAAUUCUGUUGUCAUUUCGGAACGCCCUCUUCUCCAUUUCUCGUCUGGUUCGUAUCUGAAAUCAGCAGAUGGUUUAGGGUCCCCCAAGUUGGCCUUCAGGAAAUCAAGAAGCCUGAGUAAAGCACUCACUGUCCAAGCCAGUUACAAUGACGGUGGAAGACCAAGCAACGGAGGUGCCUUUAUAAGUGGAUUUGUUCUAGGGGGAUUACUCGUUGGAACACUUGGUUGUGUCUAUGCACCUCAGAUCAGCAAAGCUUUAACUGGUACUGAGAAGAAGGAUUUGAUGAAAAAGCUGCCCAAAUUCCUCUACGACGAAGAGAAGGCUUUGGAGAAACAACGCAAGAAACUAGCUGAGAAGAUCGAACAACUCAACUCGGCUAUAGAUAAUGUGUCGACUCAAUUGAAGACAGAAGAAGAACCCCCUACUGAGGAAGCUUUGAAUGUAGAGGAGGACAUAGAAGCUCUUGUCUAAACCAUGUCAGUCAUCUUGGAAUCGGACCACCUAUGCGCUUGUUGCAUUAUUAGCCCAUCGUUUUGGGAUAUACACUUGUUUGUUCAUGCUUCAGUUUUAGUUCGAAAUGAAAAGCUACGAAUUCUGUGAAUGCUGAGAUUGUUCAAAUAAUAACUUGUAUUUCUUCUUUUCUUCA